AUGAAUUCCCACCUUCAUUCCCUUCCUUCCUUUAUUAUUCUUUUUUUUCCUUCCUUCUUCUCCCACCUUCCGAAUUAUAAAUGUAUUCUUCUUUCCUUCCAAAUUCUUUCUUCUCCCAUUUAUUUUUUUUUUUCCUUCUUUUCCCCUAUGUAUUCUUCUUUUCCUUCCCUUCUUCUCCCACCUUCCUUCCCCUAUGUAUUCUUCUUUUCCUUCCCUUCUUCUCCCACCUUCAUUCCCCUAUGUAUUCUUCUUUUCCUUCCCUUCUUCUCCCACCUUCCUUCCCCUAUGUAUUCUUCUUUUCCUUCUUUCCCACCUUAUUCAAUUAUGUCUUCUCCUUUUUUUCCCUUCUCCCACCUUAUUUUCUUUUCUUUUCCCUUCUUCUCCCCCUUCCUUCCCCUAUGUUCUUCUUUUAUUCCCUUCUUUUUUUUUCUUUUCCUUCUUCUUCCCACCUUCCUUCCCCUAUGUAUUCUGAUUUUUUCCUUCCCUUCUUCUCCCACCUUCCUUCCCCUAUGUAUUCUUCUUUUCCUUCCCUUCUUCUCCACCUUCCUUCCCCAUGUAUUCUUCUUUUCCUUCCUUCUUCUCCCACCUUCCUCCCCCCUUCUUUUUCCUUCCUUCUUCUUUUUAUUUUUUUUUCCUUCCCUUCUUCUCCCACCUUCCUUCCCCUAUGUAUUCUUCUUUUCCUUCCCUUCUUCUCCCACCUUCCUUCCCCUAUGUAUUCUUCUUUUCCUUCCCUUCUUCUCCCACCUUCAUUCCCCUAUGUAUUAUUCUUUUUCCUUCUUUUUAAAAUUCCCCUAUGUAUUCUUCUUUUCUUCUGGAAUCUUCCUUCCUUCCCCUAUGUAUUCUUCUUUUCCUUCCCUUCUUCUCCCACCUUCCUUCCCCAUGUAUUCUUCUUUUCCUUCCCUUCUUCUCCCACCUUCCUACCCCUAUGUAUUCUUCUUUUCCUUCCUUUCUUCUUCCUCGUUUCUUCAACUUUACAUUCUUCUUUUCAGUCUCUUUUUCCUCAGCUGCUUCUAA